AAUAAUUAUUUUUAUUCUGAUAAACUUGAUUUUGCUAAAGCACAAAAUUUUAAGAAAAAAUAUUAUGAAGUAUUAUGUUUAACAACAGAAUAUAAUUAUCUUAAAUUGAAAACAAUUAAUACUGAAGAAAAAUAUGAAGAAUUAAUAUCUAUUGCAGCUUCUUUAAAAAUGUCAUAUCAUCCAACAAAGA